GGGGUGAGUCUGAUUGGCUGGGCGGGGCCGACGGUGUGCGACGAACAUGGCGGAGCGCGGGAGGAAGCGGCCCUGCGGCCCGGGUGAACAUGGCCAGAGGGUGGAAUGGCGAAAAUGGAAGCAACAGAAAAAAGAGGAGAAAAAGAAGUGGAAGGAUCUCAAGAUGAUGAAAAAACUGGAGCGGCAGCGAGUGCAGGAGGAACAGGCAAAGCGACAGCAGGAGGAGGAGGCAGCUGCCCAGAGGGAGGAUCGGGGGCGGCACUACACCCUUAGCGUGGCCCUUCCGGGCUCCAUCCUGGACAACGCCCAGUCGCCUGAGCUUCGCACCUACCUGGCCGGCCAGAUUGCUAGAGCCUGCACCAUCUUCUGCGUGGAUGAGAUUGUGGUGUUUGAUGAAGAGGGCCAAGAUGCCAAGACUGUGGAGGGGGAAUUCAGGGGAGUCGGCAAGAAGGGGCAGGCGUGCGUGCAGCUGGCCCGGAUCCUGCAGUACCUGGAGUGUCCACAGUACCUAAGAAAAGCAUUCUUCCCCAAGCAUCAGGAUCUACAGUUUGCAGGGCUCCUGAACCCCUUGGACAGCCCUCACCACAUGCGUCAGGAUGAGGAAUCUGAGUUCCGAGAGGGCAUCGUGGUGGACCGGCCCACCCGGCCGGGCCAGGGCUCCUUUGUCAACUGUGGCAUGAAGAAGGAGGUGAAGAUCGACAAGCACUUGGAGCCUGGACUCCGGGUGACAGUGCGGCUGAACCAGCAGCAGCUCCCAGAAAGCAAGACCUACCGUGGAAAAGUCGUGUCGUCACAGGACCCUCGCACCAAAGCUGGUCUCUACUGGGGCUACACGGUCCGCCUGGCCUCCUGCCUUAGUGCUGUGUUUGCUGAGGCCCCCUUCCAGGAUGGCUAUGACCUGACCAUUGGGACAUCAGAGCGAGGCUCAGACGUGGCCUCCGCCCAGCUUCCCAACUUCAGGCACGCUCUCGUGGUGUUUGGGGGCCUCCAAGGGCUGGAAGCUGGAGUGGAUGCUGACCCCAACCUGGAGGUGGCUGAGCCCAGUGUCCUCUUCGAUCGGUACGUCAACACCUGCCCCAACCAGGGCAGCCGCACCAUCCGCACCGAGGAAGCCAUCCUGAUCUCCCUGGCUGCCCUGCAGCCUGGCCUCACCCAGGCGGGUGCCCGGCCCAGCUGAAGGUUCUGUCGGGCCCAAGAUGGCACAGAAGCAGUGGUGAAGCCAGAGGUUUCCAUGGGUCACCUGGGACAGACACACCUAAGACUUGUCUCCAAAAAUAAACACCUUUUAAUUCGACCCAGUCCCCCCGACCCCACAGUCUGGCUGGGGCUGCCUUUACUUGCUGCCUGCAGUGAUGGCCUUAAGGCUGCCUGUCCGUGCCAGGAUAUUUGGCACAAAGAGCAGCCCCGAGGCCCGCUCAAUGCUCUCGAUGGGCACCAGGAAGCGCUCCAGUGGGACUGUCUCAUCCACAGGCGCGUUGGGCAUCACAUAGGAGCGGAGUUCGAUCUGCCCGCCUGCUGCCUCCAGGAUCAGCACUUUGAAGAAGUGGGUGGGCACCGCCACGUGGUUCUUGCCAAUUACCUGGUACUUCACAUAGGACUUCCCAUCAGCCUCCGUCCUGUGGGCAGACCCAGGCACACAUGGCCCUUUAGGGCUCCUGGGGGCUUGGUCAGACCCAAGGCCACCGCCUCCAGGAAGCCUUCCUUGACCCGACCUCCAGCUUGUGUCAACCUGCAGGACCACCCCUCAGCGUGAGCUUCUUUGCCCUGCUUGGCUCCCCCAGGAGGCUGGGAGCUCCCUGCAGGGUAGAGACUCACUCUUCCCCUGUUUUCUCCAUGUCCAACACUGGGUCAGGCAGAGUGGGUGGUGGCAAUAAACGCUGCAGAAAGAAUCAGGCCUUCAUUCACAUUCAUCCGUGUGGACCCUUGAUUAUUGUCUGUCUCUCCCUGUGGAGGGUGGGCACCAAAUGGGCAGGGCUGUGGCAGCAGAAUUCCCAGCACCAGCACAGGGCCUAGGGCAGAGCAGGUGCCCAGAGCACUGGAUGGGUGACUUCAGGCUAAGCCUCCACGGCGUCCGCUCCAUUUCAGCAGGCCAGAGGAGGCACUUGCUAAUUAAAGUACAUCAGUGUCCCAGCCACCGCCU